AUGACCAUAGAACCUCGUAUGGAGGACUUGCACCUCACUACAGAUGCCCUGAUCAUAUCCGCGGCAGUAGGAGACUACCGCAUGAGGCGAAUCCUGGUCGACACCGGGAGCUCGGAAGACAUUAUCUAUGAGCAUUGCUUCAACACAAUGCAACCAGAAGAUAGAAAGUUGCUUGAAUCAGUACACGCCCCCAUCAAAGGGUUCACAGGGGAAAAGGUCGACCCUAUCGGUCAGAUCACUUUCCCGGUAACUUUUGGGCAGUCACCUAAAGAAAGAACCAUACUCCUGACCUUCCUUGUGGUCCACGCUGAGUCAUACCACAACGUGAUAAUCGGAAGAUUCACCCUGGGAAAAUUGGAUGCCAUAGUCUCCAUGGCAAGAGGUUUCAUGAAGUUUCCUACACCGCGAGGUACUGCUACUGUGUUUCGUGACAAGAUUGGAGAAAUACUGAGUACCAAAAGAUGCCGCCAAGGGCCCACCGGAGCCACGGGCCAGAAAGAUGGGUACUAA